AGUGCUCGGUGGCUUUCCAUUUUAUUGCCUUUGAUUUGGAACAAAACCACGCCGCUUCUUCUUCUCAAACGCGUCCAUCUUUCCUCUCCGAACUUGAGUUCUGAACUGUAAUAAUGGAAGACGUCAUAACAGAAAUACCUCCACCUUCGAGAUUCUUUCAGGAAGAUCUCAACAACUUUAUAACUCCAUCUCCACCUCUUCCAUCGCCAUUCGUUGUGUUUUCUAAUCCGAAGCCCGAAAAGCCCCUUCGCCCAUCUCUACUCAUUGUUGCGUUAUCCUCUCCAUCUUUGUAUAUCUUCCACCACUUGUCACCUAAGACCUUAAUUGGAAGUCUUAUACUACCCGAGGUCCCUUUCUCUGGCAUCUCUAUCGAACCCUCCCUCACAGACAAAACAUGCAACAUUUAUUCCUUGAAUGAUGGGGAUAAAUCCAUUCUACUUGCAUCAGUUCAGCAUGGCGUUUCUGCCGAGAGAUCUCACCUUGUUGCGAGGUUGCUGAUCGGUGAGGAUAUUAUUCCUGAGAGGCUUUUGAUUUUGGAUUCAAUUCAGAGUCGGAACUUCAGGGGAAAGCUCUCACCAGAUGAAACUUAUGCUUUUAAGCUGGAGACGUUAGCCGAAAGGAAAGGAUUGGGUGGUGGCAAUGUAGUUUCCUUGCUGCUAAAGGGUUUAGACUAUAUUCCAUCUGGUAGCAUGAUCGAUGGCUUGGCUGCUGCUUUACUGAGUCGAUGCCAAUUGAAGAACAUAAAGGGAACAUUGUGUGUUUCGUGGCCUGAAUUUGGUGGUCCCGUGGUGGCUCUGAUUAAAUCUCUACUGCAAAGGAAUGUGUUGCCUAACUUGGAUUCGAGCUUAAAGGGAGACGUGCAGGAUCAAUACGCGACGCUCAAUCUAAUUAAGCAUCAGCAUUAUGAUACUGAAAUGUAUACAUAGUGAACAAGGUAUUUGAUUCACACACC